CAGCUUCCUUUGGCAGUCAACCGCGACAAAAUGAAUCUUUUCUCCAGGGAGGGUCAGGUGAAGACCAUGGAGACCACAGUGAACCACACAGAGAAGUUCCUGGGUGAGUUCUGCUCGCUGCUGGCGUCCUACACCAGGAAGACCGCUAAGCUCCGAGACAAGGCCGACCUGCUGGCCACUCAGCUGCUCCACUUCGCCAACACGGAGGACCAAGAGCUCCGCACGGCGCUGAAGAACCUGGCCGAGGACCUGGCCAUGGUGCAGGACUACCGCCAGGCACAGGUGGAGAGGCUGGAGACCAGAGUUGUCAGUCCGCUCAAAGCUUACGGAGACAUCGUGAAGAGUAAGAGGGCUGACCUGAAGAGGUUCACCGCCGACCGGAACCGAGAGCUGAAGGAGCUGCAGAAGCUGGAGAAGAUCCGGCAGAGGAAUCCAGCAGACAGACAGGUCAUCUCACAGGCAGAGGUGAGUGCCCAGAAGGCCACUAACAACGCCCAGCGCAGCACCAGACAGCUGGAGGACACCAUCACUGACUUCCAGAGACAGAAACUGGAAGACAUUAAGAAGAUCUUCACAGACUUCAUCACCGUGGAGAUGAUCUUCCAUGCCAAGGCUCUGGAAGUCUUCUCACACACCUUCCAGAACCUGGAGUGCAUGGACAUAGAACAGGACAUGGAGCUCUUCACUGGGAGGGUACGGGUGUCGAACGGCGUUCUGGACAACAUGCCCCAGCUGGCCCUCCACUCCCCCUCCUCCCUGCCCCUCCGCUCCCCCUCCUCCCCCUCCCCCCUGGCCCCCCACGCCAGCCCCAUCACAGGCUCCCUCCUCCGACGCACAGCAGACACAGCUCGGAGGGCCCAUCGCAGCACCCUGCGGCGACAGAGAGGGGUGGAGGAGGAGGAGGAGGAGGAGGAAGAGGAGGAGGAAGAGGAGGAGGAAGAGGAGGAGGAGAUGUAUGAGUCAGAGAUCGAGGAGGUUCAUCACACCAGACUCUCCUACGCUGCUCAGUACUCCCAGAUACACAGGCAGCAGAAGUGAUACACACACACACACACACACAUACACACACACACACACUUAUACACACCGAUGCUGUAGACCCCCUGACAGCUGAUGGGUCGUGAGCUUGUAGUGAGUCGUUGCGUCAGGGCCGUGUGUUGUGCCUCCUGAUGACUGGAGCUGCAGUGCUGCUCAACACACAUCUGCAUGGAGCCGUUUGAGACUGGAGCUGGAAAUAUGGGCGGCCAUAUUGUGAAGCAGCUGAUAGAUAGGUGAUGAAUACGCAACGAGAAAUCUAGAAUUUUCUUUUUUUUGACAGCUGUUUUUUCUGAAGAGUCCGAUCUAAUAAAUGCAACUGAUCUGAUUCUGUCUGUGUAAAUACUGUAUAUCACAUUGACUACACUGCUGAAAACUGAGAAAAUAAUUUAUUUCACAGGCACAGAGCAUAGGUAUAUUUGUUUAGACCCAACGUAGUUAAAUCAACCUAGAAGACAAAACAACAAUAACAGUAUGAUUAAAACAUUAUACAUUUCAUCAUACACCACAACAUAGUUUUUGUGUCGCACAUUCAGAUGUCAAAUACAAAAGAGACUAAUCUAAACAUAUAAAUGCAAAUGCAAAGUUUUAUGGACAUAACCGGCGUGUCUAAUGCUAAUAAAACUGAAAAAUAAACCAUCAUCUUAUUUCCAUAGAAAUUAGUUUGUGAGUGAGUGCCUGGCUGUGUUUCCGUGGUGAGCGGGGUGUGUUUCCGUGGUGAACGCGAUUGGUCUGUCCUGAAGGUUUGCAGAUCAGGCCGAGCAUCGACACUCACUGGGCUGUGUGGCAAACACACACACCUAUACACACCUUUACACAUUCACAC